AUGGCUGCAUUUGGUGGCUCUGUCUUCGAAGGGAAGCAUGUGGCAAAGUUCUGCAAUUACUAUAUACUAAAACUACACCCAAACAUGAGUUACAAUGAUGCAAUGGAUUUCAUUUUUGCCAAGGGCACCAAAAAAGAAGGACACCUCAGCCCAAGGCGAGCCAAGGUAAAGGGCAGGAGGCAUGACCUAGCCCAGGUGCGCCCCCAGAGCCGUGCGCCCACGCAGACACCCACCCAUCUUCGACAGAAGGAGGAAGGACAGAAAAGCAGGGGACUCCGGACGUCUGUGCCCUCCCCACAUCGCCCCACCGCGGGGGCCGCCGAUGGAAAUCCCCCACGCAGCCCGUCCGCGGGAAGUUCUCCGGGGUUACCUCGGCGCCCUGGGGCUGCGCCACCCCCCUCACCUACCCCGAGCCGUGGCACCCAGGGGGGCGCGGGCAGGUUGGGCGCCAAGCCCGGAAGCCCGCAAGCUCGCGUCUCCGGACGCUCAGAGCUGGAGCCAGCCCGGGGCAUCCCCGCCGAGCGCAGACGGCAGGAGGAUGGCGGCGAAGACCGGCGUCCAGGUCUCCCGGGUCCCGACCGCUCGGGUCAAGUGCAGCGCCAUCCCCUGCCAGCCGACCCGUCCAGGGAUCCGCGAGGUCUGUACCCCCGUGGGACCCCCGCCGCGCGCCCCGUGCCCACGACCCUGCCCGGGACCCCACGCAUACCGGACCCUCCACCCCGGCCCUCCGCGACCCGGGAAGCUCCACGGGUUCUGAGGCCUCCCCAUCACCCCCGCCGCCACCUCAGCGUCCCCAAAAGCCGCACGCCCCUCACGUCCCCUCGCGACCUGCGGCCGCACCUGUGCCCGCCGUCGCCGCCGCUCGCCGCCUUCGCUGUGCCGGCGCCGCUCCGAACCCCACACACAGCGCUACACACAGCCUCUGACGUCACCCGGCCCUCGGCCCGCCCACGUCACUGCGGAGACACGGCUUCCCGCAGACGCCGCCGCCGUCUCCGGCCGCCCGGGGGACAGCGAGGGCGGCGGGCGGAGGAGGGGAGGGAACGAAGCCAGCGGCGCCGCGCGGCCCCGCGCCAGCCAGUCCCUCGGGCGCGCGCGCCGUCUGGCCUAUUGUGGCUCCUCGCGGGCUGCGCGCUCACGUCUCUCCGCCCCCCCUCCCGGGGCGCGCGCCUGGCGCCUCCGCCGCGCACGCGCGUGCGCCUGCUCUCCCCCGCCCCCUCCCCCGCGCGUGCCCCGCGCUGCUGGCCCGGCGCGCCGUCUGGGCGGCUGGCGCACGGCGCUGUCUGCGGUGCCCGGCGCAGACAGGAUGUUCCCUCGGCCCCACCCCCGCCGCCCUCCUUCCUUCCUCGAGUCGCCCAGCCGGCUGUCUGGGGCCGCCCCCGCCACGCCCGCCGCCGUGUGGAGACGGGCCAGACCCGGGGGCGCCCUGGCUGCUGGGCCGCCGUUGUGGCGGGCGGGGGGGAGGGGGCAGGGCGCGGCAGGCUGCACUGUGCGCGACCCUGGCAGCUGGCGGCGCCCGGGGUCAGGCUCGGCCACCCUCCCAACCCCCCCUCCGGGCCGCAGCUGGCCGCCCGGCCCCGCCCCGGAGGUGGCCUGCGGGCGGCUCCCCGCCGCGACCCCUGGGGUGAGCCGGCCACGCAGACGCCCCCGCUCGGAGCCGGCGACCCCCGCGCCACCCCCUCCCCCCCGACCUGGCGCGCAGACGUCGCGGGGCCCCUCGCCCCCGAGGGGCCUCCCGCGGCGGCCGCCCUGCCAGCUGCCGGCGCUGAGCCCCGCCUGGUCGCGCUGGGGUGGCCUCGCCCGGUCGCCUGGCGGCCGCCAUCCUCAAAGACACCACGGUUUCCGCACCGCCGAGACAGACCUGACUGCCCCAGCUGCUCUCGCCCUCCACAGUGA